AUGAACAGAGCAUUAGUCAUAACAGGAGUAGUAGCCACUGCAAUUGCAGGCUACGCAGUGUACUUCGAUUACCAACGUAGAAACUCCGCCGAGUUUAGAAAAUCGUUGAAGAAGAAGGCCGUGAAACAGAAGAAGUUCAAAGAGCAGCAGGAGAAGGAGUCGAAGCAGUCCAAAUUGGAGGCUGUCAAAAAGGCUCUUUUGGAGGAUUUGAAAGUGAAUCCUAUUCCCACGGAUUUGAGUGAAAGAGAGGCAUUCUUCAUGGAACAAGUUGCUACUGGUGAACAGAAGGCUAAAGAGGAGGCCGUUGAAGCUGCCAUCUGUUUCUACAAGGCCUUGGCUGUCUACCCCAACCCCACCGACAUCUUGGGUGUUUACCAAAAGACUGUGCCGGAAGAAGUCUACGAGUUGGUGGUGAUGAUGAUUGCUGUAUACCCUCCAGCCUCCGUCUCAAGUAUCUUGAGCAAAGGCGGUCCCGGCCCUGGAGACACCAAGCCAACUGCCGAGGACUUGGAUUAA